GCCGCCCCCCGCCGCCCCGUGGGCCGCCCCCGGCCCCCCGGCCGCCCCCGCCAUGUGGGAGCUCCGGUCGGUCGCCUUCUCCCGCGCGGUCCUGGCCGAGUUCCUGGCCACCCUCCUCUUCGUCUUCUUCGGGCUGGGUUCGGCCCUGGACUGGCCGUUGGCCCUGCCCAGCGUGCCGCAGAUCGCGCUGGCCUUCGGGCUGGCCAUCGGCACGCUGGUGCAGGCCCUGGGCCACGUGAGCGGCGCCCACAUCAACCCGGCCGUGACCGUGGCCUGCCUGGUGGGCUGCCGCGUCUCCGUCCUGCGAGCCGCCUGCUACGUGGCCGCCCAGCUGCUGGGGGCCGUGGCCGGAGCCGCCCUGCUCCACCAGCUCACCCCGCCGGACAUCCGUGGAAACCUGGCCAUCAACAAGCUGAGCAAUAACACGACGUCGGGACAGGCGGUCACAGUGGAGCUGUUCCUGACGCUGCAACUCGUCCUCUGCGUCUUCGCCUCCACCGACGAGCAGCGCGGCGACACCUUGGGCUCCCCCGCCCUCUCCAUCGGCUUCUCCGUGGUCCUCGGCCACUUGUUGGGGAUCCACUACACCGGCUGUUCCAUGAACCCUGCCCGCUCCCUGGCGCCGGCUGUCAUCGUGGGCAAGUUUGACGAUCACUGGGUCUUCUGGAUCGGGCCGCUGGUGGGGGCCAUCCUGGGCUCCCUCAUCUACAACUACCUCCUGUUCCCGCACGCCCUGAGCCUGUCCGAGCGCCUGGCCACGCUCAAGGGGUUGGAGCCGGACGUGGACUGGGAGGAGAGGGAGGCCCGGAGACGCCAGUCGGUGGAGCUCCACUCGCCCCAGACCCUGCCUCGGGGGAACAAAGUCUGAUGAUCUACCCCCCCGAAACACCCCCUGGUACCCCACGAGGAGCCCCUGGGAGGCUCAGAGAUCACCUUCCCCCUGCUUCUCCCUCUCCUUUUCCCGGUCCCCCAUGUCCAAAAUGUCGGCCCCCUUUUACAGGAUAAACUUGCUGCUUCCCGGCAAGCCGCUCAAGAGGGGGAAGAGAGUGGGAGUGCAGAAAUGCCCCUCUUACUAAGAGACCACCCUGGAAGCCUGGCUCUGACUCUGAGAAUGCCCACCGCCGGGAGGGGCAGGAGAGAGGGGCAGGGGCAGGGAGGGGAAGGGAGGUGGGCGCCCGGUUGUGGCCGGAGUCUAGGGGGAUCCGGCUCCUUUGUGGAGCGGCGGCCGAUGGGCCGAGGCCUUCGGGGACCCGGUGACAAGAGCGAGGGGUAGGGUCUGCCGAGGGCUGGGGGUCUGAGGGAAGGAAGGGGGGCUGCCGGGUUGGGUGGGACUGCCUACGUGUGUGUGUGUGUCUGCUGUGAGUGUGUGUAUUGUGUGUGUGAGUUGGUGAGACGAGGCUUCAGGGCCCCCCAUCUGCCUUCCCCCCACCCCAUAAUUCCUGCAGCCCCUCCUUGUCCCCUCCGGAGCCCCGCUCCCCCAAUAAAACGGCCCUGGACAAUCAUA